AGUUGAGUUGCCGCGUAAUGCGCGGGUGGCACGGAGUUCUCGUAUCAGAAUCAAUGCCGCCGGCCGCGGCGCGCGUUCUCUCGGUAACUCAUUCUAUUUCUGGUCCCCGAGCCCAAACUGCGGCUACCGUUUCGGUGAAAUUAAAUUUUCACAAGCCCAAAAUUCACGGGCUUAUCACGCAAAUCGCGACCUUGCGGUGAUAGCGGGUGAAAGAAUUUCGGCGGCGGCGGCAGAUUCUUACAGUUUACCUAGUCUUUCGUGUGAACUCUUGUCCGUGUGCAACUUAAAAUGUAUCGUUUAAAGAUGGAUAAAAAAACUGUAAAUCCAAAUAUGUGUUAAUAUAUAAAAUAUUACAUAAACCAACCUAUUCGGUACCUACCCAUUCUGCGACCUAAACUCAAAACUAUUAGCGAAGUAAUAGUCUUUGUUUCAAAACUAAAUAAAGGCAGACUUGCGAAAAGCUAAACGGUCUUCGGCGGAUGGGCACGGCAUGGGCGUCACGCGACAGACGCCGGCGGCGGCCGCCUUGUUGUGAUUCCGAAAAAAAAACGCAGUGUAACCUGCCAGUGUGUUCUGUGACAGCAAAGAGUGCGGAGCGGAGGAGUGUGUGUUUAAAAAGUUAAGUGUGUUUUCUCGCUCUCGAGAUGUGUCGGUGUGGUGCAGUGAUGCGUGAGUGAGGGGGGGUGGGGGCAGCAUGUGGCAGGUGCUGCGGGGCGGGGGGGACAUGUGGCGGCUGCUCCCGCUGCUGGGGGCGCUGGCGCUGGCCGGGGGCGCCACCUUCGCGCCCAACAAGGAGCUGCUCGAGUGCGCAAGCCAGAUCCUGUAUAUGGACCAGCAGUCCUACCAGAUCCCGACCAACUACAACAGAAACAUUCCACCCGCCAAGAAUACGACGGUCCACAUCGGGCUGAACGUGAUCCGAGUGUCGGGAGUCGACGAGAACAAAGAGGAGAUAACCUUAGACGUUUUCCUGCAAGUGUCGUGGACGGAACCCCGGCUCCACAUGCCUCCGGGGCUGGCCUUCCUGGACCUGCCCUGGGAGUUCCGCCAGCUGAUCUGGACGCCAGACCUGUACAUCUGGCAGCUGCAGACGAUGAAGCUACAGUCGGUGCUGCAGGAGAUGGCGAGCUUGAGGCUCUAUAGCAACGGCACCGUCUCUGUCAGUAUUGGGGCCACCAUUACAAUAAAAUGUGAGAUGGACUUCGUUUUGUAUCCUUUAGAUGUACAAAACUGUGCCAUAGAUUUUAGUAGUUACAAAUACACCCUCCAAGACGUGCGUUUCGAGUGGCGCGAGGUGGAGACGUGGCACGGGCUCGCCGGCAGCCAGCGCAACGAGUUCCGCCUGCCCAAAUACGUGGUCACCUUCGUCACGGACAAAAGUAAUCAUUAUCACAAUUUUGGUGAAGGCCAGCAUUCGGCCGCGCGCCUGCGCAUCAAGCUGUCGCGAGAGCUGCGCAGCUAUCUGCUGGAGAGCUACCUGCCGUCGUCGCUCUUCGUCAUCAUCAGCUGGGGCAGCUUCUGCGUGAUCCCGGAGAUCGUGCCGGGACGGAUGGUGCUGUUAGUCACGACGCUGCUGUCGCUGAUCACCAUGUUUGAUACUGUCAGCACAAACUCGCCCGACGCGCUCGAGCUCAAAUGCAUCGAGGUGUGGCUGAUCUCGUGCACCAUCUUCGUGUUCCUCGCUCUCCUGGAAUACUUCGUGGUGCUGUUCGGCAUCCGCUACGACAAGAGCUGGUGCACGCGGCGCGCGGAGCUGAGGAGAGCACACUCCACGGCGCAGCUCGCGCCGCCCGCGCUGCAUGUAAACCAUGCUCAGCAUCUGGGUAGCCCGGCCGCGGGCGGCGCGCAGGGCCCCGUCUUCACUCCCCAGCUCAGCGCUGAAGACGAGGGCUUCAAACAGCAGUUCUCACACCAAACCAUUCAGAGGGACUCCCCGAUCUUGGAAGCUCCAGGCGCGCGGCCCAGCAACCCGAUGGCGCGGUUCGCCGCUUUCGUGGACAACUUCAUUAUGUACUGUGGCGCCCAACACGGGGCCGUGGACCGGUACGCCCUGAUGCUGUUUCCCUUCAGCUUCCUGCUCUUCACCGUCAUCUACUGGACCACGUACCUCACCGAGGCGCACCGGGCGUCCAGGAACUGACCGGCAGACGUCUGUGUCGUCUACACCACUCAGUGACUUUUAAACGUGGACUUUUAUGUGGAACUUUCGAAGACCCAUACCGUUUAGACAAAUGCUAGUCGAAUUUAAAAGUGAAGUAAUAUCGCGGGCUAUGGCUUGUUUUAACGUAAGUGUUGAAUAUUUUAACGUAGAAACGAACGGUUGCCGUCCAAUCUGUAAAGGUCGUGCCUUAAAUAUUUUUAUCGACUAAGAACUCGUUGAGUCGUGUUAGUUGUAAAGGGACCACCACUUGAGCUCAUGUUAGGUAUCUAGAAAUUAAAGGCCCUUCAGCCAUUCGCUUUGAUUCUUAAAAACCUCACAUAUCUAACUGAAACGAAUUAGUAAAUAGUUACGCUAUGUACCUAGGUACCUAAGUAUCAAAUCUUAUUCGUUAAAGUGACUAAAGUUAACGAUUUUGGUUUACCUAAAUCGAAUUUUCUGGCAUUACCUACAGUUCAUCAAAAGCUUAUUUACUUACAUUGUAAACUAAACUUUGAAAGUUGGUUAGUCCUUCAACUCCUACACUACUAACUUCAGAAUCAUAAGAAGGUAACAUAAUACAUAGGCCUGCAUUAUAUUUUCUAUCUAUCGGCCCAUACCUACUGUAAACUAUACUGGAACUAUCAAAUAUCGAAGUCUCUAGCCCUUGGCAAUGUUAUUCAAUACAUAAAGACAAAAGGUACUUAAGUAGGUAGUUAAAGAAACAUAGUUUUCUCAAAAAAAUAUUCAAUAUUAGUGAUUUUAAAUUAUUUAAGUACAUUGUUUAAAACAUAGGAAUAUUUAUUUUUGUAAAUAAAGUUUUAUUUGUUGUUAAAUAUUUUAAAGUUUAAGUUUUCGUGUUCUAGUCAGUUAGGUAAAUUAAGAAAAAUAUAUUUAUUUCUAAAACGAUAAUAAUAAUAAUAUAUUACUUAGUUAGUAAGAACUUAUGAAAAUAAGAAGUUUGAAUCAUACCUACCUACUUACUUAUUUAUUUUAUUAAUAGAGGCACAAAAUCAUAGUAGCACAAAAUAUGGUCUCAUUUUAGGUACUUUAUGUAGAUUAUACAUUAGGUACCCAAUUAGCCCAAGAACUUAACAAUUAUCGUCCAUAUCUAGGUUACCUGUUUUACUUGUUUUAAAACAGUAAUACACAUAUGCCUUAAAAAAAUAUAUGUUAUGUUGUGAUGUAUCGUAGGCACCGUUUUAAAUGGAUAACAUCUUGUAACUAUGAAUACUUACAUUACCUAUUUUAUUAAUACGGAACCCUUUGCAAGACAUACUCCAACUUGGCUAUAUCUUACAUUAGUGCAGUUGUUCAUAAGUAUCAUGUGCAUAAUUAUCAUUAAAUAAGUAGAACCAAACAACGUGCCUUUAUCAGCUUUGCCUUUGUAAAUAAAUAGCUAAUUUAACAUAUUUUUUCUUAACUAAAGAGUGCUUGUGCAAUGAUUGCACAAUUUGCGGAUACGCAAAUCGUGGAUAGUUUGAGUACAAGUUGUAAUAGCAAGGUGCGUUCACACAUCAUUAACUUUUUGACAAACAAAAUAAGAGAGCAGACAGAAUUUCAGAUAAAUUGAUGUUGAAAUAAAAAGGUUCUGAUUGUGUAGAUGCACCUUUACACUCAGUUUCCGAAAAGCUAUCUUGAAAUUUAAUCUUCAAUUUUAAAAAAAGAUCGUUGAAAUUGGAAAAUUAAAUAAGUUUUAAAAAACAUAUAAAAAUAAUAAUAAAUAUUUCUAAUUAGCAUUUAGUUUAAUUGAAAAAUAGUUUUUCGGGAACUGGAAAUUAGCUAAUUAAAAAAAAGUAAUUUUAAAGUAUAUUUAAGUUAAUCACCUAAAAGAAUGAAAUAAAAGACAUUAUUUGAAAUCAUU